GAGCGUCCAUUUGCCUGUACGUGGCAUUCAUGCGGCAAACGGUUCGCCCGGAGCGAUGAGUUGGCCCGACACUACCGGACCCAUACCGGCGAGAAGAACUUUGUUUGUCCCUUCUGUGACAAGCGAUUCAUGCGCUCCGACCACUUGACCAAACACGCCAAACGGCAUCCGGAGUUUAGGCCCGACUCGUUGGCAUUCAAUCGCAAGAACCAACACCACAGCCAUCAGCAGCAACAACAACAACAGCCCCACCCGAAGCCCCCGCAGCCGCCCAAUGGCCUCGAUAUGAGCCCAGUUAUGGUGAAGAGUGUGGAGCGCCCGACGAUUAAGGCUCAGAUAAUUGUGGCCAACAAUAGCGCUGUCGAUACCAAUAAGCUUAUCAUUAGGGAUGCGAUUAGUCUUACCUGCCAUUCAUUACCUCACAAAUGA